AUGGAGUCGGAAAAUUCAAAUGGCUUCAACAAGCGGAACUCGAGCGCCCACCAGGGGUUCUAUAGUCGUCCAGUAGAGCGACGAGCCAGCAAGAAAUCGUCGUCCAAGGACCGUCAUGGGAUGGUAUAUCCUGACAAUUUUAGGGACACGGGCAUCCGCACGGUCACGCCGGAUUCCACCUCCGAUACUGGCAACCAUUCUCCCUUGUCAUCCGAAGCGGAGCAUCGUUCUGGAAGUGGAGCUCCCUCCCCUCGCGCUCCUGUUUCGACAAGAACCACCGAGAGUGAUCGCCGCCGCGACGUUCACCCUUACUAUUCUGCAGGGGAUGAAGAUGAGGCCCAAGUGGAGUUGAAGAGUCAACGGGCGCGAUCACAGACUACAAACUUUGACGAACAGCGAAGCGAAAUAUCUCCGAAUUCCCUCUUCUCCAGAUCUCGAAACCGUUUAGGCUCCAUCAACACCACCAGUCCUCAACCCAAGGUCCCCGAAGAUUCCCUCAGCUCGAUCGGAUUCCCAUCCAUUCAAUCGCCCACCUAUUUCAGUCAAACAAUCGCCCGACACCGCUUAAGCAAACAACCCCCGAGCAUAUCUGGCCUGGCGACCGGGUUGGCAGCCAGUCAGGCCUCACUGCCAUCCCCUCUCACGAAUGCCGAUUCGUCCAAGAUCCUACAAUUGAUGAAAACGACUUGCGGGCGGAUGCAUGGGAUCCUUUCAUUUCGGACCGCCUCUUCAACGUCUUGGACUUCGGGAUACUGCGCCAUCAACGUGGCCACGGGAAGUUUGAUAUAUCAGGCUAAAGGGGAACCUGCGCUGGCCAAGACUCUGAUUCCUGACCUGCGUGGUUGCCGGGUUCGAACUCUGUUUGACCAGGAGCUGCAGACCACAUACCUAAGCGUUUCUACAUUUACCUCGGGCCUUGGCAUCCAAUUGAGGCCCCAUGUUAGUGAGACUUUUGAUUCGUGGCUUGCUGCUCUCCUCUGCUGGCAACCGAUCCGACCCAAGGGGGUACAAAAUAAAAUGACCAAGCCCCAGACCGUGGCCAUUGGGGAUCGCCGCCUCGCCGAACGUCGGCGAAAUUCCGAAAGUACCGUACAGAAGGAUGCUACUAUCAUCAAGGUUGGGAAAAUGCUCAUGUGGGACAAACCAAGCGCGUCCGGAGCACGGCCCUCGUCUGGCCGUCGUAUAUCGACGUACCGACAACAGAGGGCGCUUUCCUCCUCCUGGCAGAAGGUGAGCUGCACACUGCAGGAGAAUGGCCAUUUCAAUCUCUACACCGACCCAGACACCACCCUCGUCACUUGUGUCCAAUUAUCCCAGUUAUCCCGCUGUGCCGUGCAGCAGCUCAACUCGUCCGUUUUGGAGGAUGAAUUUUGCAUUGUUAUAUAUCCACAGUACGCAGCACAUUCGAUCUCUGAAGCCCUAUCACGCCCGAUAUAUCUCGCCCUAGAAAGUCGAGUUCUUUUUGAGGUAUGGUUCGUGCUUUUGCGUGCUUUCACUAUUCCGGAACUGUACGGUCCUGCGUCAUCGAUUGAACACGACCCGAAAAAAUUGCGAGUACCGGAGAAUACAACCACUACACCUACAGCAGACAUGUUCAGAAUUGAACGAAUACUUACAGUGAGGGUGACGGAAGCAAAGCUAUUCCGCAAUAAAGAAGAUGAAACUCCCAGAAGCAGAAAGCCAUCUAGAUCUCAUAGUCAUACUUCGCCGACCUCCGCCGUGAGUGACUAUUAUACGGAAGUCGUUCUAGACGGAGAAGUUCGAGCCAAGACUGCCGUUAAAUACCGCACCGCGAAUCCCUUUUGGCGGGAAGAUUUCACGUUCAGCGACCUACCGCCAGUUCUAUCACAGGUUUCAAUAUUUGUCAAGACACUCAAUCCAUCUCAGAAGGACUGGACGCUUAUUGCUCAUGGGUCGUACGCCUUGAACCGAGAUGCCAACCCUACGAGCGUGUUGAACGAUGUUGAGCUAUCCUCUACCGAUACCAUACACGGACGUGUCGAUCUGCGAUUGGAUGAUCUGCAACCGGGCGUGGAAACUGAGAAAUGGUGGCCUAUUGUGGACGACAGAGAUCAAUCAGUAGGCGAGAUGCUGAUGAGGGCAAGGAUGGAUGAGACUGUCGUCUUGAUGUCCGAUGAAUACAAGCCAAUGUCCGAGCUCCUUCAUUCCUUUACGAACGGCCUCACUAUACAAAUGGCCCACAUUAUGUCGUCAGAACUGAAUCAGCUGUCCGAAACCCUUCUCAACAUCUAUCAAGUCUCGGGCCAGGCAGUCGAAUGGAUUUCGGCGUUGGUCGAAGAUGAAAUAGACGGGGUCCACAAGGAAUCGACGGUCAACAGGCUUAGGUAUACCACACGGAUACAUUCGAACGAUGCCAGAGAAACUGGGCAAGAUAGGGAGGUUCUUGUGAGAGACUUAGGGCGGACUGCCACUGUGGAGGCCAAUCUGCUUUUUAGAGGGAAUUCCCUUCUGACCAAGGCUCUUGACUUGCACAUGCGCCGGCUUGGAAAGGAAUACCUCGAGGAGACAAUUGGAGACCGGUUACGGGAUAUUGACGUGGAUGAUCCGGAGUGUGAGGUCGACCCGUCUCGAGUGCAGCGCCCGGAUGAUCUCGAGCGUAACUGGAGAACCCUAAUCAACCGUACUACGGAUGUUUGGAAAUCCAUCGCCAAUUCCGCAUCUCGAUGUCCGGCUGAGCUGCGACUUAUAUUCCGACACAUUAGAGCCUGUGCGGAUGAUCGUUAUGGUGAUUUCCUCCGGUCUGUGACAUACAGCAGUGUUUCUGGUUUCCUGUUCCUGCGGUUCUUCUGUCCAGCCAUCCUCAACCCGAAGCUCUUUGGAUUGCUGAAAGAUCAUCCCCGUCCUCGUGCCCAGCGUACCUUGACCUUGAUAGCUAAGGCCUUGCAAGGAUUGGCCAACAUGACAACUUUCGGCAGUAAAGAGCCUUGGAUGGAACCGAUGAAUAAGUUUCUGGUUGGAAACCGUAUCGAGUUCAAACAGUUUGUUGAUUCAAUCUGUGCGAUUCCCGCAGAUCGGCCAACACCGAUUGUCACGCCAUCGUAUGCCACGCCGAUUCAAAUUCUCAACCGAUUGCCUCCUACCUCACGCGAAGGAUUCCCGAGUCUUCCUUUCUUGCUCGACCUUGCAAGAAGUUUCGCAAACCUGAUCAGAAUAUGGCUCGAGGUUGCGCCAGAAAGGCUGUCUGAGCUGGAAGAUGUCGAUCGAGUGCUUCUGAAAUUCCAUGAUGUAGCGCUUCGUCUCCACCAGCGGACCAAAGAAUGCCUGACCAGGGCUGAACAAGCUGAGCGGCCAAAUGGAAAUCUCGAGAUCAAGUGGGAGGAAUUGGUGGAUUCGAUGGAGCGGUCCGCAACCUUUUAUGAUGAGACCCCCAGUAAACCUGGAACCCCGGCAGCUACCGAGACAGUCACCGCAGGGUCAGCGUCUGUCACGGCGAACCAUCGGAAUUCCAUCGGUUACUUUGCUUCGAGGCCGUCUUUCCCCCGCCGGUCCACCGACUGCGGCGCUGACGGCGACGAAGAUACUCCCCCAAGCUCCUCAUCGGCGAACUGGGAACAGAACCGGGUACCCUUCUCCAUACCCCGGUGGUCUGAUACACGAGACAGCACCGGUAGCUCCAAAAACUCUUCGACAUACUCCCUUGAAUAUUCCGAUAACUCGAAAAGCAACCGCAGAUCAAGCAUUACUAGAGAGAGCUCGAGCAAGUACCGAUUAUUCGAUACAUUCGGAGCAUCGAGGCGCAAAGCCAAAGACCGUGAUCAUCAGCAUUCGCGCGAGGAAUUACGGAACGAACCUUGA